AUGGGGCCUGUUGUGCCUCGCCGCCGCCGAGUUCCAACGGAGACUGGGUCAAGGAGUCACCACUUGCCUGUAGCGACCCCCCCGGGCGCUGUCCCGCACCCCGGAGAGGCGCUGCGGGCAAGAGUGCCUCUGGGAGCGUACGAAGGGCAGCUCCCGGGGUCGGCCUCCCCCUCCCCGCGCUGCCGGCGAUGCGCAGCGGGGUCAGGCGCGUGUCAGGCGCGGCGGCGUCUGGAAGCGGCCCGGAGCCCCGCGGGGCGGGUGAUUGGCAGGCGCUGCUCGCCGGAGCCAAAGGGCUUCCCCGCCGGGCCCGGGUCACGCCGGCAACCUCUCCCAGGGCGCAUUCACACGUGCGCGUCGCGGGCCGCGCCUUUCCAGAGGGCUCCUGCCGGCCGCGGCCGGCAGGAGCCCUCUGGAAAGGCGCGGCCCGCGACGCGCACGUGUGAAUGCGCCCUGGGGUGGGGAUCCUGGGUAGCUGCCGAGUCCGGCCCCAGUCGUGGGAAGGCGAGGGGGGGUCUUCCUCCACGGCGCCGGCGAGUCAGGCCUGCCCGCCGCCAAGAGCUGGAAGCGACGGCCGUGCACGUGCGAACCCGGACGCAACCGUCUUCCAGGAGUCUGGCAGUCGCGUGGCGGCCGUGCACGACAAGCAGCGAGUUCUGGGAGGGGGCCCCGUGUCGAAGGCAGGCGCUGCACGUGCGAACGCGUCCCCCACCCCACGCCCGGGUGACACGACCCCCUCCCAGUUCGCUGCUGGCUGUCACGUCUCCCUCGGACCGAGCUCUGGCCCGCCUACCUGCCGCGGAUCGGGACCCUCCAGAAACCCCAGACAAAAAGAGCGGGGAUUCGAACCUGGCUCUCCCGGACCCCAGUCCCACACUUGAACCCCCACGCCACGAUGCUGCGCGGCGGACGGCGACCCCCAGGCCCCCUCGGGGGGGAUGGCCGGCGGAGGCGAGCGCCCCCCGGCCCUCCCGGGCUGCAAGUCCGCGCCCCCGGGACCCUCCCCGGCGAUUGGCUGCCGGAGCCCCCGCUCCCUCGCCAUUGGCUGGGCGGCCGCGCAGCUACGGGAUGCCCACGAACACUCCAACUGCGCGCAAGUUUGCAGGCUGCCGCUCCCCAGGAAUGCCCCGUCCCGCUUCUCUCCCCCGGACCCGCUCCAGCCUUCCCGUCCAGGCCGUCGCUUGCAGGGGCUUCCCCCCCCCCUUCCCCGAGCGCGUGCAGAGAGCUCUCCCGCCCCGGGGCAUGUGCAGAGCGCGCCGGGCGGCCGGUCCAGGCGGCGGCGGCAGCAUCAGUAUGCGCAGCGCCGCGCCCGCUCAUCACCAUGUGAAAGGCAGCCUUGCCGGCGGCGGCGGCGGCGGCUGGAGCGCCAGCGCGGGGGUGUGGAGGGCCGGGCUGGGCGAGGGGGCGAGCCGCGCCGCCCCUCCGCCCCUCCGCCCGCCUCCCCUCGUGCGCGCCACGCCGGCCCGGCUGGCCGCCUCCGUCCGCCUCCCGCCGGCCCGCUCCAUGGAGGAGGGGCCGGGCCGCCCCCAGGCCGCCCAGCCCAGCCAGCCAGACCCCGGCCAGCCGGCCGCCCAGCCGCCCUGCCUGCCUGCGCGCCAGGCCAACAAGUGA